AUGUAUACAGUAACGACCAGCAUCGAGAUCGCUGCUCCUCCAGCCACAGUCCGAGAAAAAUUCCUCGACUUCCCGUCAAUCCCCAAGUACUCCCCCGAGGGAUUCAUCCGCUCCAUCGUUCCUGUGACAGACAAAUCCCCCGUGGAUCUUCAAGCCGGCGAUAAGCUCAACUGCACCGUCGGCUACGGCAAGAUGCAAUUCUCGCCGAUCGUGCAAGAAAACUCGCCAUCGCUCUUCAGCUGGGUGGGCUCUAUUCCAGGGAUCUUUACGGGAGAGCAUGCUUUCCGCUUCGAGGGCAUCUCCAGUGGUGAAGGACAGCAGAUUCGGACGAGACUAGUACACGAGGAGAAAUUUACGGGGCUUUUGUCCUUUCUUAUGGGAGAGAACAUUCUUGCGCGAUCAGCCGGCAUGGUGGAUGACAUGAAGAAGAAGUUCGGGGGUUUUAACGAAGACUUCAAGGCGUGGGUGGAAGAGGGUGCGGUGGGUGGGAGUGUAGAUGGUGGCAACAAGGAUGGAGCCACCUGA